CAUCCCAAGAGCUUUUCCAACUUUCCAGAAGUUUCUGCGGCCCGGGGCGGGGGCCUCUUAUAUAGGGCUGGCGCGGGGGCUGUGCGCUCGGAGAGACAGUCCCGGGACGGAGCUGAGCGGAUCCCAGCCCUGAGAGGCGCGGGGGGAGGGCUCCUCAUCUGUGCCCCUCUAAGUCCAGGUUCGUAGCGGCUAGCCCAGGGCCUUAGUCCUCCAACAGCCAUGUGGGCCACCCAGCUCAUCAGCACCCUCUGCCUCCUGGCAGCGGCCAGGGCGGCUGAAGUCAAGAAGCCAGCGGCGGGGAAGGCAGGGGAGGCAAAGCUGAGUGAGAAGGCGACCACGUUGGCUGAGCGGAGUGCCAACCUGGCCUUCAACCUCUACCGUGCCAUGGCCCAGGACAAGGGGGUGGAGAACAUCUUGCUGUCCCCCGUGGUCGUGGCUUCGUCCCUGGGACUGGUGUCUCUGGGCGGGAAGGCCACAGCUUCUCAGGCCAAGGCGGUGCUGAGUGCCGACAAGCUCCGUGACGAUGAUGUGCACGCCGGCCUGGCUGAGCUGCUCGCAUCCGUCAGCAACUCCACGGCCCGCAACGUGACAUGGAAGCUGGGCAACCGCCUCUACGGGCCCAGCUCAGUCAGCUUUGCCGAUGACUUCGUUCAGAGCAGCAGGAAACACUACAAUUACGAGCACUCCAAGAUCAACUUCCGAGACAAGCGGAGCGCCCUGCAGUCCAUCAACGAGUGGGCUUCGCAGACGACGGACGGCAAGCUGCCCGCGGUCACCGAGGACGUGGAGAAGACCGAUGGUGCCCUCAUCGUCAACGCCAUGUUUUCAACCCACUGGGAUGAGAAAUUCCACCAUAAGAUGGUUGACAAUCGAGGUUUCAUGGUGACCCGCUCCUACACAGUAGGCGUGCCCAUGAUGCACCGCACAGGUCUCUACAACUACUAUGAUGAUGAGACAGAAAAACUCCAAAUGGUUGAGAUGCCCUUGGCCCAUAAACUCUCAAGCCUCAUUAUCAUUAUGCCCCACCAUGUGGAGCCCCUGGAAAGGUUGGAAAAGCUCCUGACCAAGGAGCAGCUUAAGACCUGGCUGGGCAAGAUGAAGAAGAGGGCUGUGGCCAUCUCCCUGCCCAAGGGAGUCGUGGAGGUGACCCAUGACCUCCAGAAACAUCUGGCCGGCCUGGGCCUGACGGAGGCCAUUGACAAGAACAAGGCAGACCUGUCUAGAAUGUCGGGCAAGAAAGACCUGUACCUGGCGAGUGUCUUCCAUGCCACAGCCUUUGAGUGGGACACAGAUGGCAAUCCCUUUGACCAGGACAUCUACGGGCGUGAGGAGCUGCGGAGUCCCAAGCUCUUCUAUGCUGACCAUCCCUUCAUCUUCCUAGUCAAGGAUGCCCAGAGCGGCUCCCUGCUCUUCAUUGGCCGCCUGGUCCGGCCCAAGGGUGACAAGAUGCGUGAUGAGCUUUAAGGCCCUUGAACGGGGGUAGGGAAGGGGGGGGCAGAUGGGGGGGCAGAACUCAACGGGUGCUAUUUUGGCCAGCUGGGGCUGGGUCAGGGCCAAGGCUAGGACUGAGGCUCAGCAGUGGUGGUAGUAUCAAGGCAGGGGCCUCUAGAUUCAGGUGGUGGACCUCACCUCUCCACUGUUCCCUGGAGUUUCAGGAAAGGGGGCUGGUUUUUCCAGUGCCCUGGACCGUCCCUCCGGAUAUUAGGGGCGUGCUGCUGAGGGGGGGUGGGUGGAUGAUAGGUCCUCUGGGGUUUGGGCUGGGAGUCUGAGAGAGGUGGGUUUUGAUACCCCCUCACAUUCCCCUGGGGAGAGCCUUCUGGUGCUUCCUUCUUGUCGGAGUGCCCCCGGGUUCUCUGAAAGUGGGCUGAGAAACAUCCCCCACAGACCUCCCCCCCUCCCCAGGUCCCCUGGCUGUCCCAUCUAGAGUCCAUUCCAUCCUUACUUGGCAUGCUGUUACCAAUAGUCAUUUCUGUGUCUCUCUCUGAGCCGGAAGGGACCUUAGAUACCAGCUAGUCUACACCUCCCCCAUUAUCUAGAUGAGGAAACUGAGGCCCAGAAAGAGGCUUGCCUACUACUAACUACGUGGUGAAUUAGUGGCAAAUUAGAACCCAAAUCUCAUCUCUACCAGGCUGCCUCGGUUCUUCUGUGUUAGAGACCACCACCAGGG